CGUGCAUCGGUUAACUCCCGUAUGGUCCAGUCGUUUAAUGUUUUCGUAAGAAAUUAUUUAAUAUAAUGACAAUAACGGUAAUCACGUGAUCAUUUAUAAUUUACCAAUUAAGAAAAUAAAGAUUAAUAUAGGAAGUAUAGAAAUAUGUCGGAUACUCGUAAAGAAAAGAAGCAAAAAAUAACCUUGCAGAAGGAAGAACUCGAAUUACUCGAUAAAUCUGAAUUAAUAAAAAAAAUACUACUGUUGGAAGAAAAUAAUAAACAAUUGAAAGCAAUGCUCAAUAGAGUAAAUGAAAAUCCAAAAAAUAUUAGUACCGUUUAUACGUCACAGAAACCGUUUAAUUUUUUGAAAUGCAAUAAAAGGCAUAUCCUUUUGAAAUUCUAUUAUCUUGGAUGGGAUUACAAUGGUUUCGUCGUACAAGAGAGUACUAACGAUACGAUAGAGCAGCAUUUAUUUGCAGCACUGACAAAAAGUUGUUGCAUAGAAUCACGCGAAACUUCGAAUUAUCAUCGCUGUGGCAGAACCGAUAAAGGAGUGAGUUCCUUUUCACAAGUGAUCUCUUUGGACAUAAGGAGCAACUUGAAACCCGAAGAUCAACAUAAAUUAGAGGCUGAACUUCCAUAUUGCAAGAUAUUGAAUAGAUUACUCCCUUCAAACAUAAGGUGCAUCGCUUGGUGUCCGGUGCCCAGUAAUUUCUCUGCCCGAUUUAAUUGUAAAUUUCGAACCUACAAGUACUUUUUUCCAAGAGGAAAGUUAAAUAUAGAUACUAUGGAUAAAGCAGUUAAAUAUAUUAUAGGAGAGCACGACUUUAGAAAUAUUUGUAAAAUGGAUGUAGCAAAUGGUGUUAUUAAUUACAAGAGAAGAGUUAUUGAUGCAAAAGUAUCUCUUUCUAGAAAAAACAUUAGAAAUGUUCCAGGCUAUGAUAUAUGCGAAUUAAUCAUAACAAGUCAAGCUUUUUUGUGGCAUCAGAUUCGUUGUUUAAUGGGUCUUUUAUUACUCAUUGGUCAAGGAAAAGAAGAACCUCAAGUUAUGUUAGAACUCUUAGACAUUGCAAACUGUCCACGGAAACCUCAAUAUAAUUUGGCUCAUGAAUUGCCAUUAAAUCUUUGGUAUUGUGAGUACGAAACCAAAGAGUGGUACAUAGACAAAGAAGAAUUAAUAAACACGUUAAAAGUUUUACAAAAUGAUUGGACUUUCAAUACAAUAAAGUCUGUUAUGAUCGAGAAUAUGCUGUCGGAUUUGGAAAAUUCAAUGGACCACAAAGAUCUGUCGUUUCAAAAUGAUGCUUUACUCAUUGGUGUACAAUCUAAAAUAUAUCAACCCUUGAUGAAACGGGUAACUUGUGAAAGCUUGGAAAAUAAAAUAAAACACUAUAAAAACAAGAAGAAGAGAAAGGAGAUGUCCGAUUAAACGGGUUUACAGAAUUUUGUAUAAUUACGAAAUAAAACAUAAAAUGUUUGAUGA